GAAGUACUGCGAAGUGGGAACUUUGACAGAACAACAUUAAAAUUGUCCGCGGUUAAUGUAAACUGGUGAAGGAAACGAAUAUGUUUAGAUAUUUCUUGUGUCACUGAAUAUCGUUCGUUUUGCGGUACUAUAGAGAAAUGUAUAUAUAUGCAUAACAACUGAAGAAUUGUUAAAGAACCUCAAAGAAUUGAAUGAAGUAGGACUUGUAUUUUUGUAUGCAUUUAUUGUAAUGCCGAGAUUAAACAAGCGGUUAUCACAUUUAUUAACUGAUAGCAUAUUAAAAACAUUAAAUCAAAGGAAAAUAUGUACUGUACUUGCAUUCCUCGAGCAAGAACCGGAAUAUUUGGCUGCUCUUCUGAAAAUAAGUUUUAAGGAUGUGAUACAGAUUCGCAGCUCUCUUAUAACUGAUUACUCAGCAUUUCCUCAUAAAGGAAUCAGCAUGUACAAUGAUUUAGUAGCAAAUUCAGCACUUAUACAGACAGGCAUUAAAAGCAUUGACACAAUAUUGGAAGGUGGCUUGCUUACAGGAAACAUAUAUGAGUUGUGUGGUCUUUCUGGUACAGGGAAAACCCAAAUUUGUCUUGCAACAACAGCACAUGUAACAUCAAAUUUGAAACAAAGUAUAUAUUACAUUGAUUCAAAUUUGUCUUUCUCAGGGGAAAGAAUGCAGUCAAUAUUGGAUGCCAGAUGCCUUGAUGAUGAGGAAAUUGGCAAUAUAAUGAACAAAGUAAAAGUGGUAAAUGUUAGAAAUAUUUAUCAGCUUUUUUCGUUCUUCCACAAAUGGAAAGAAGACCUCCAGGAAAUGAGGGGAGACUACAGCAUUCGUCUUGUUAUUAUUGAUUCAUUACCACCACUGUUUUUUAAUUUUUAUGGAGAAGGCCAUAAUGAUGGUUUACCACAGAUGAACCAUCUAAGUAAUCUCAUAAGACAUCUGGCUCAGGAGCACCAUAUUGCAUUCCUUGUAGUAAAUCUUGCUACACAAUAUUUUGAGGCAGAUGGACUGCUUUCAGAAGGGAAAAUUAAGAAUGCUUGUGAGGAAACAAAGAAUUAUUCUAAUGUGAAACCUGCUCUUGGAAAGUAUUGGUUACAUCUACCAAAUACAAGACUUCUUGUGGAAAAGAGGCCGUGCAACCAAGAAGCUCAAAUAACAGUUACAAAAAGUGCCAGUAUACCACUAGGAAGAAGUUGUAAAGUGAAUCUAAAUGGGAGAGAUAGUCUAUGAGUGCUGUUAUAUCUUUUGAGAAAAGUAAUUGAUCUUGUCAUGCAGUUAUUGACAAAUGUGAAAUAUUUCACAUUUUAAGCAUGCAACACUUUUCUCCUGUGCUAAAUAUCUUUUAUGCCAUGCUAAUUCAUUUUUCAUAUAUGGGUAAGUUUUAAGUGCAAUCUCUGGUGAUUUAUUAUUGUACAAAAUUCUCAUUCCUCAAAUAACAGGUGUAUUGAUAAAAUACUGGUACUAUAUUACAGAAGAACUGUUUGAUUCCCAGUGUUCUGUAUUAGUAUUCUUUGCAGUAUGUUCCAUAAUUUAUAAGUUUGCAUUAAGAAACUCAGGGAAAUUGUAAUAAUGCUGAAAUAGUACAUUUGUAGCAUUAUAUAUUGUUAUACAGUGGUUAGAUAUAAAGUUGAGGGAAGUGAAUAGCUUACAAUAAAAUGUGAACAGUUUUGUAUUUAA